GAAAUUAUAGGAAUAGGAAUCGUUUUUUAAUCUUAAAAUGAUUUUUUUUGCCUUGAAAGUAAACUAGGAAGACCCCUAAUCAUCGGCAUGUCCUUGUAUAAAUGAUUGAUCUCUCAUUUGCUUUCAGUAUUCAACAUCACAUUCUACAUCCAUCGAUCGUGAAAAUACAAUGGCCUCAUUGAAGAUCCCCGCUCAGGUUCCUUCUCCAUCAGAUGAUAGUGAACAAUUGCGAAAAGCUUUUCAAGGGUGGGGAACGAAUGAAGGCUUGAUUAUAUCAAUCCUAGCUCAUAGAAAUGCAGCUCAGCGUAAGUUGAUUCGCGAAACUUAUGCACAAACCCAUGGAGAAGAUCUUCUUAAAGAUUUGGACAAAGAACUUUCAAGUGAUUUUGAGAAAGUUGUGCUGUUGUGGACAUUGGAUCCUGCUGAGCGUGAUGCCUUUUUAGCUAAUCAAGCAACUAAGACUUCAGGCAAUUCGAUCAUAGCGGAAAUUGCUUCCACAAGAUCUUCACUCGACCUUCUUAAGGCAAAGCAAGCUUACCAUGCCCGUUUCAAAAAGUCUCUUGAAGAAGAUGUUGCCCAACAUACUUCUGGUGACAUCCGCAGGCUUUUGGUUCCUCUUGUGGGCAUAUUGCGUUAUGAGGGGGAUGAGGUGAACAUGACCUUGGCAAAAUCUGAAGCUAAAGUGCUUCAUGAGAAGAUUGCUGAGAAGGCUUACAAUGAUGAGGACCUGAUUAGGAUUGUAACAACAAGAAGUAAAGCACAGUUAAAUGCAACUUUGAACCACUAUAACAAUGACUUUGGGAAUGACAUAGACAAGGAUCUGGAAAAUGGUUCUGAAGAUCAAUAUCUGAAAAUAUUGAGGGCAGCAAUUAAGGGCUUGACCUACCCUGAGAAAUAUUUUGAGGAACUCUUACGGUUGGCUUUAAACAAGAUGGGAACUGAUGAAAAUGCCCUUACUAGAGUGGUGUCAACUAGAGCUGAGGUUGAUUUGCAGCGAAUUGCAGAGGAAUACCAAAAAAGAAACAGUGUUCCUCUGGACCGUGCAAUUGACAACGACACUUCUGGUGACUAUCAGAAAAUUCUUGUGGCACUGUUGGGACGUGAUGAGUAGAGUUCUUACUCUGUCUAGUAGUCAUGAGAUGGCUGUUUAGCCUAUCUGCUUUCCCUUCAUCAUCAGCUUGAUUUUGUUGUGGAUCUCUGGAUAGCUGGAUAGUUUACAGAAUUUGAUGACUUUGUUGGUAACAUGGUUGUGAGAUGUAUGAGUUAUCCCAGUGGCUUUAAAUAAUACAGUAUGUUUUGAAUAUGGUCUGAAAUUCAAAACAGAACUUUGCCUCCUUAAAUAAAGAUACAUAAUUAUCUUAUUUCUGAA